AUGCAGCUGCCCGAGGUCCAGGCCCUGAUUGGCCUGGCGGAGCUGGGCGCCCGCAGCCCCUACCCGCUGCGCCGCGGCGUCGCCGCCCUCCUCCGCGCGGCCGGCGCCGGCGCCGCCGCUGCCGCCGUGCCGCGCUCGGACGUGCCCGAUGUCCUGCCCGCGGCGGCGGCGCUGGCCGUGUUACAGACCCUCCCGAUCGACGCCGCAGCGGCGGCGCGGCUGCCGGCGGCGAUGGCGCUCGAGGGCGCGGGGUUCGGCGCUGAGGGGGCGCUAGUGCAGACGGACGCGCUGGCGGCGCUGCUGUGCUUGGUGUGCGGGGGCGGCCUGGAUGAGAAGUUGGAUCUGGCGUUCUGGGUGCUUGACAGCGGCGCCGCGCCGGUGCUCCCGGUUGCAGCGUCCAUUUCGACCCGCAUGGGCGCCCGGCGUGGGAGGCCGCAUGGCAUGGAGCUGUGCAUGGGGUAG